CACAUUACAUAGUAUUUCACCAAGAAACAAAAGGCAAAUACAAUGUAAAUUAUCAGAUACACAAGACACAUCUGUAUAAUAAGACAGGAAGGUCACUUGUAACAGUGUACAAUGUGUUACAACAUCCCAAAAACGUUGUGUGUAUAUAGACACAAUACCUGUUUGUAUACAUACAUCUAGGUGCUAUACAACAAACACCCAGGCACAAUGGAAUAUUAGCAUGCAAAUAUGAUUUUAUCAGAAGUGUGUUUAACCAUCCUAAUUUAUUAAUAGUACCUAGAAAUAAUGAAGAUUACAAAGGUUUCUAAGAAUCUGUUACUAGUGCAGCCAGAAAAUGGUUAUAUUUAAAGUGUAGGAGGGAAAGCAAGAAACCGGCUACAUUUUAUAAAUCUACAUAUAGCUGAAAAUGUUAUAAGGCAGCAGCGAAUGUUGUUAUAAGGGAGCGGUGGAAAAUAAUGUUAAAACUUGUUACCAAACAUCCGCUAAGUUUCAGCUACGAUUCUUUUAUGAAUCAUACUAUGCGGGUGUAUUUAUAAGGUGACCAGUGAUAACUUUAUUUCAGAAGACUCAAAAGGGUUAAAAUGUGUGUGCUGGGUGGUGAGUUUAUUCUACUUCAAACUGGCAAUGGGAGUCUCUGUUUUCCCAUAAAUAGUUCUUCCCUUGGGCUGCAAGGACUAUAUAAUGUAAAUAGCACGAUAUACCUGCCCAAGUUACAGAGGGCUGCUGCUUUCUCAGGUACACAGAACUGUAUCAAUAUUUGCCAUUUUUCGCAGCCAAUUUUAUACAAUUUACACAUAUAUCUAUACAUACAAUUUUCCUGAUAGUUAUACGCAUAUACUAUGCUGUCUGUAUUUGAAAACAUAUUUUUAAACUUAUUUUCAAAUCUUAGAAAUACUAAGUAGAUGAUUUUUUGGAUAUGUGUUAAAGUUGGAUAUAUUUUACAUAGUUCUGGCUGUGUUUUUCAGGUGGCAUCAGCAAGAAUGCAGAGCCCUCCAUAUAACCAAUUUCUUGUGGCACGAGCUGUUUACACUGAACCAGCUUUUCAGGAAGAAAAUGAAAAGAAGAUAAUUGUGAAGACAACUAUCCAGGAGAAGCUGAAAAAGAAAUGCAGCUGCACAUCCAGAAGAGCUCUCAACAUUGUGAAAUCAUUUUUCCCUAUACUGGACUGGCUUCCAAAGUACAGAUGGAAGGAAUGGUUUGUGAGUGACCUUAUUUCUGGAGUUAGCACAGGGCUUGUUGGCACAUUGCAAGGUUUGGCUUUUGCAUUACUUGCUGCGGUCCCUGUUGGAUAUGGCCUUUACUCAUCAUUCUUCCCAAUUUUGACAUAUUUCUUCCUGGGAACAUCCAAGCACAUCUCAGUGGGACCAUUUCCAGUGGUCAGCUUGAUGGUGGGGUCUGUUGUCUUGAGUUUGGCUCCUGAUGAUAAAUUCGUCAUGCUCAGUAACACCACCGGACUAAACAAGACAGUGAUAGACACAGUGGCCAGGGAUGCAGCUAGAGUUAUGGUUUCAGGAACACUCUGUUUCUUAAUUGGAAUCAUUCAGCUUGCAUUAGGGGUACUCCAGAUUGGCUUUAUUGUCAGGUACCUGGCAGAUCCUUUAGUUGGGGGAUUCACCACAGCAGCUGCUUUCCAAGUGUUUGUGUCCCAAGUCAAAACAUUGCUCAACGUUCCAACAAACAACUAUAAUGGGGUGUUCUCUAUAAUAUAUACAAUUAUUGAUAUCUUUAAAAACAUUUAUAAAACCAAUAUUGCUGAUCUGAUUGCUGGACUUCUGACUUUGUUUGUGUGCAUUUUGGUGAAAGAAUUAAAUGACCGAUACAAGCACAUUAUUAAAAUACCUAUUCCGAUAGAAAUCUUGGUGACAAUUGUGGCGACAGGGAUAUCAUAUGGAGCCAAUCUAGCUGGAAAGUAUAAUGCAGGAAUUGUAAAAACAAUUCCGAAUGGUUUUAUCCCUCCUAUGACACCAGAUGUGAGUCUCUUUUCAGAAAUGAUUGGCUCAGCAUUCUCAAUAGGUAUAGUGGCCUAUGCUGUGGCCGUUUCUGUGGGAAAAGUGUAUGCUACCAAACACAACUAUUCUAUUAAUGGGAAUCAGGAGUUUAUUGCCUUUGGGAUUAGCAACCUUUUCAGUGGCGCAUUCUCUUGCUUUUGUGCCAGCACUGCCUUAUCACGUACAGCAGUGCAGGAAAGCACAGGUGGAAAGACUCAGAUAGCCGGUCUCAUUUCAGCUUUCAUUGUGUUAAUUGCUAUAGUGGCACUCGGUAGACUCCUUGAACCGUUGCAGAAGUCGGUGCUGGCUGCCAUUGUCAUAGCAAAUCUUAAAGGGAUGUUUUGGCAAGUUUUUGAUGUGCCUCGUUUAUGGAGACAGAACAAGUGGGACUCUGUAAUCUGGGUGUUCACAUGUAUUGCAUCCAUCAUAUUGGGACUUGAUCUGGGAUUGCUGGUUGGUUUAGUAUUUGGAUUACUAACCGUUGUUCUACGAGUUCAGUUCCCCUCAUGUGGUGCACUUGGGAAUGUCCCUGGAACAGAAAUCUACAAAGAAGUUAAAACAUACAAAACUGUUGUGGAACCAGAAGGAAUUAAAAUUGUUCGAUUUACUAGUGGUGUUUUCUAUGGUAAUAUUGAUGGACUGAAAAGUGGCAUCAAAUCAGUUGUUGGAUUUGACUCUGUCCAAGUCUUUAAUAAGCGAGCCAAAGCACUAAGGAAAAUAAAUCAAAUGAUUAAGAAAGGACAGCUAAGAACAACUAAGAACGGUGUCAUCAGUGAUGUGGGUACAGACAAUGAAGGGUUCGAGACAGAUGAGGAUAUUGAAGAACUGGAUUCCGAACAAAACCCAGAAGUGAAGAACGUGGAGGUUCAAGUAGACUGGAAUUCAGAGCUGCCAGUUAAAGUGUCUGUCCCCAAAGUCACAAUUCACAGCCUUAUUUUCGACUUUGGGCAAAUAUCUUUCCUAGAUGUGGUGGCUGUAAGGUCGUUAAAAGUGAUAUACAAAGAAUUCAAGAGAAUUGAUGUAGAUGUCUACAUUGCAGCAUGUGAUGAUAAUGUGUAUAAAAAGUUUGAAGAGUGUCUCUUUUUUGAUGACCAAAUCAAGCCAGACAUAUUCUUCUUGACUAUUCAUGAUGCUGUGUUAUAUAUAGAGGAAAAUAAAACAUACCGUGAAGGACACGAUCCACUAAUGGAGAAGAUCUCACUAAUGCAAGAAUCAAAAGAACCACUGGAAUUCACCGAUAUUGAGCCAAGUCAGGAACUUGAUUCCCAAGAGGAGGCUCUCAGAAGACUUGCUUCGUGAACAAUGCUCCUGGAACCUCUGAACUUGGCUUUACAAUAUUUGCUUUCCAUUAUAUUCUUAAACAAUUUAUUUUCUCAUGUGUUGUGGGCUAACCCAUGUGGACAAACAUUUACAAACUGGGGAGAUUAAUUAAAAACCAAUCACAGUGCAGCUUUCAUUUCUUAACGUGUUCUGGUAAAAUGGAAGUUGAGCUGUGAUUGGCUGCUAUGGGCGACAAAGAAAGUUUUUCUUCCACUUUUGAUUAAUUCCUCCAUGUGCUCAUAAGAGAUCAGGCAGUUUGUGAUCAACAAAACAAAAAUGGAAUAGCAUUGGUUGUUUCAUUCCUGUGACAAAUGCUGUUUUAGUAAAGAAAACUUGUUUCUAUAUAAAUGUAAAAAUAGUCAGUAAGAAAGAAUACACACCUCAUUA